UCUGACUUUCGCGUUUACUCCUCCUUAUUUAAAAACAGAGUAUAGAUUUGUUGGUUUUAACCUUACAUUCAUUUUAUGGAUUUCCAGCUGAAAAUCAUUCAUAAAAUUAUUGAAACGUUUUUAAGUAUUUGAGGAUUAUUACAUUUUUUGCACUUCAUAUAUGUCCUAUAUUUUUUCUCGACUACCCUACAACCACAAGAACUAAAAAAAACCAGUGAAAACUACUCAAAAAACCAGAUGGUCAGAAAUCAGAAAAAGUAAGGAAUCCCAAAAAAAUCAUAAAGAAAGAAGCUGAUAGACGAAAUUUAGAAGAUGAUGCCAGGAUUGAAAAAACAUUGAACUUAAAGUUACAAAAUAUACAAAAUGAUAGACGUCAAAAAGAUUAUUUGUGACAUUAUCAAAUUGUAAUUCAUCCCAACAAUUAAUUCUUGAUAGAAAUGUAAAUUAUAAAAAUCGUUGUCUUUAUUUGUCAUGAAAAAUUAAUUUGUUAAUAAUACAAUGGUAAUUUGUGCUAUAUGUAAUAAAAAAAUUGUAGGAACCGUAAUAAGCGCAUUAAAAAACGAUUAUCAUCCAGAAUGUUUUGUUUGCACCCAAUGCGGAAAACCAAUAACCGAAAAAUUUCAAGUCAAAGACGGUAAACCUUAUUGUUUUAACGAUUUUGCGGAACUUUUUUCACCACGAUGUUUCACGUGUGGUUUACCGAUUACCGAUACGAUAUUAAAAGCGAUGGGACAUGAUUGGCAUCACGAACAUUUUGUAUGUUCGAAUUGUGGAGCUCCGCUAGGCGGGCAAGAAUUUUUAGAACUCGAUAAUAAACCAGUUUGCCAAACUUGUUAUUUAGAAAAGGCCGGUUACAAGUGUAAAAUUUGUGGACAUCCGAUUUCUGAUAAAGUUAUCGUCGCUUUAGGAGAAAAAUGGCACCCGGAAUGCUUUAAAUGUUAUAAAUGCGACGCCGUCAUUACGGAUGAUAUGUUUCAAGUGGAAAAUGAUAAACCUAUUUGCCAAAAAUGUGCUGAGAUGACUUAAAAUUUGAAACCAAUAAAAAUUUUAAUGAUACUAAAAAAUCGUUUU